UUCAUUACAUUGCGUAGUGUUCGAGUGUUAUCAUCACUUCCUUUGCUAUCAGUGUGCCGCGGCUGUACUUCAGUAGAUAUGCAACCGUCGCAGUCGGCGGCGGACGCUGUAUAUCGAAUGUAGUGCCUGAUCAUGAAUAAAACAUUAUUUUUAUGUGUCCUCGUGGUUAGUGCGCUGCAGCGGUCGCACGCGUCGCACGCAGGCUGCACGCUCCGGGCGGACGGGCCCUGCUUCUACACCAUCGCGUGCGCCGCGCCCGCCACGUUCCGGCCAGCCCUCGACUGCAGCGCCGUGGACCCCUACAUCACCCUCCACAUCAAACAAUCUGCUGGCCACAACAUCACAGCGAACCACUUCACCUCCGAGUUCGAUUCCUUCGUCAGAAUUCUGUCCGCUAUCGGAAACGACUGGCAUUAUUUACAAAACAACGCAUUCAGCAACUUCAAAAAUGUACUCUACAUGGAUCUGUCCGAGAAUCACAUAGUAAGCUUGGGAGCCGCUUUCCGUGGCUUGGAACAAAUGGACUCCUUAAAUUUGUCACGCAACCACAUUGAAACUAUAAAACCCGGUGUCUUGCAGUUCUCCGCGAACAAAAGUCGCCUUUACAUGUUGGAUCUGUCGUACAACCAGUUGACACAUUUAUCGGAAGACUCGUUCGUAAAUGUUAAUAACAACUUGAGAAGUUUGUAUCUUCAAGGAAACAAGCUGAACACGCUGGGAGACCACUUCUUCGCGAAGUUCAAGCAUUUGAACUACUUGAACUUAUGUUGCAGCAACAUGGGAUCGCUUCGCAUGACCUUUAAAUAUUUGCCAUCAUUGAAAGAAUUGAAUUUAUCUUACAAUAAUUUGAAAAAAGUCGAUAUAUCCAAAGUAAAGUCGCUUGAAACAAUCGAUUUGUCUCAUAACGAUUUCGAAGAAAUAUACUUUGAGAAUUUCAAAGGUUUACCGAUAGUAAAAGUAGAUCUCAGUUUUAAUAAAUUAAAGAAACUGUACGUUGAAGACAGCGCCAUGGCCAGUAACGCGAGUCGACCGCUGGUCAAGCUGUACCUCAACAAUAACGACAUUAGUUACGUAGACGAAACUUUCUUCAAUGUAUUUAGUUACAUAGCGAUAUUAAACUUAAGUUAUAACAAUAUUGUUGAAUUCAAAGCCGACACUUUCCGAUAUGUGAAUGUGUUAAAAAUUCUAAUUGUUUCAAAUAAUCCUAAGUUACGCCUAGCCGACGACAUAAGCAAAGAGUUGGCUCAGACGUUCAUAAUAGGAAAGUUUCCACCGAGUCAAAUCCGGAAACGAAUGUUUACAUAGAUAGGAAUAUGAAAGGAUUACUUGUUAGGUUAGUUAUUUAUUUAGAAAAACACGCCUUUCAAUCCCAGACAGAGGAAGCCGAGGUGCAGAAUAAUAAUUAUAUUCAAUGAAAAACUCACUUUUUCUAUUAAAAUGUUUACAGUUU